CCAGAGUUCGUCGACAUCCGAUGAGCCAAGUUAUCGAAUUGAAAAGUAAAAGUGCACCAGCUUAAAAUGUCCGGAAAAUUAUGCGGAUAUGUUUGAAAAUCGCGCGAUAUGUCCAGGACAACAUGGCGCCCCAUGAUCAAGCUGAAAAUCAAUACAAAAAAUCGAUCAGGUUCUGGAUAAGUGCAAAUUUAACAUGAAGUGACAAUAGCGAACGGCGAGUGCUGUGCAGUGUGUGAGUGUAUGUUUUAAAGUGAUUAAGUGAUAAUUGAUUGUGGGUGUCAUUGUGAUUAGAGAUAAUAACAUUAAGCCUGGAAAGUUUGAAUCGGUUGCCAUGGAAUCCGUUAGCAAGGUUAUUCGAGCGCCAUCGCUGAAGCGCGGCAAGAACGACGAGAGGUUGUGCGAUCGGAUAAAGCUCGAUCGUGUACUAGGGCUGACGGUCGGAAGCAAUGCCGCUCUCGACUGUUCUUCGACCAACGGUCUGCUCGCCUAUCCUGCGGGAUGCACGGUCGUGCUAUUCAAUCCGAAGCGUUCCCGCCAACAACAGCAUUUGCUGAAUUCGAGCCGGAAGAGCGUCACCGCGGUAUGUUUCUCAUCCGAUGGUCGCCAUCUGGCGACCGGGGAGAGCGGCCAUGCACCCUGCGUCAGGGUCUGGGACCUCGAAGCGGGCGCCGCCGUUGCCGAAUUCGCGGGUCACAAGUACGCCGUCAAUUGUGUGGCUUUUUCCCCGAACGGAAAAUAUUUAGUAUCAGUGGGUUCCCAACACGAUAUGAUCGUGAACGUUUGGGAAUGGAGAUCAGGAGCAAAAUUGGCCAGUAAUAAAGUAUCGGCACGAGUCAAAGCCAUCAGUUUUGCCGAGAAUGGAGCUUAUUUUGUUACUGUUGGAAAUAGGCACGUCAAGUUCUGGUAUCUAGAAUGUGCCAGGUUGGCCAAGCAAUUCAAGGAGCCAGUUCCGCUUAUGGGCAGAUCGGCUAUUUUAGGCGAACAGCGCAAUAACGACUUCGUAGACGUGUGCUGCGGUCGGGGACAGUGCGGCGACUCUACGUACGCCAUCACUCGUAGCGGGCUUUUGUGCGAAUUCAAUCACAGGAGGCUUCUAGAGAAAUGGGUUGAACUCAGGACUCCAAGUGCAAACUGUAUGUCUGUAGGCGAACGGCUGAUAUUUAUCGGAUGUUCCGAUGGAAUUGUUCGAUGUUUCGAUCCUUCUUCGAUGCAAUUUGUAACAACAUUGCCGCGAACCCACAGUUUGGGCGUCGAUGUGGCUAUGGGAACCAGCAUCGGACACAUGUUAAACUCAUCACCUACAUCAAAGUAUCCUGACACAAUAGCUGUGAGUUACGAUGAAUUAAACGGAAAACUGACUUGUGUAUAUAACGAUCAUUCACUAUAUAUAUGGGAUGUUAGAGAUAUUAAAAGGGUCGGCAAAAGUAAUUCAUUCCUGUAUCAUUCUGCGUGUAUAUGGGGUGUGGAAACGCCGAAUUCUUUAGCCCAUAUGAAUAUGAAUUCUUCAAAUAAACCUCCUGCUUUGCCACAAAACUGUUUCAUCACAUGUUCGAGUGAUGACACCAUCAGGAUAUGGAAUCUCGAUGAAAACCAUCACAUUGACGAAACGUCCAACUUCAAACGGAAUAUUUAUAGCAAGGAACUAUUAAAGGUUUUAUAUGUGGAUCCAGAACUUACAUAUAUCAAAGAUAUGGAACUAUCUCCUACCUCAAAUUCUGAAAAGUCCACAUCUUAUGAUGGAAGAAAUGGUGUCAGGUCAUUACGAAUAAGUCCUGAUGGCGAGCAUCUUGCUUCUGGUGAUAGAAGUGGCAAUAUUCGUAUUCACUCCUUAAGAUCAUUCCAAGAGCUCUAUCAAUUGGAAGCACAUGAUGCUGAAGUAUUGUGUCUCGAGUAUACACAAGUAAACAAUACCAGAGAUCCAUCAAAAGAGAAAAAAUUAUUGGCGUCAGCAUCUCGAGAUAGAUUGAUACAUGUGUUUGAUGUCAAUGAUGAAUAUAGUUUUAUACAAACAUUGGAUGAUCAUUCGUCUAGUAUCACGUCAGUACGAUUUUUGGGAACAGGUGGAAAUAUUCAAAUGGUAUCAUGUGGUGCAGACAAAAGUAUCAUAUUUAGGCAGCUGGUUUCGUCACCUGGCGGUACAGAAAAUUUCCAACGGGGCCAUAAUUGUUCUGGGAAGACUACAUUGUAUGAUAUGGAAGUUGAUUCAAACCACAAACAUGUAUUGACAGCAUGUCAAGAUAGAAAUAUCCGAGUUUACAAUACGCAGACCGGUAAACAUACCAAAACUUUUAAAGGAAGUGCCAGUGAUGAAGGGACAUUAAUUAAAGUGAGCUUAGACAGUAGUGGCAUUUAUGUUGCUACCUCUUGUACAGAUAAAACCCUGAGUGUAUAUGACUAUUAUUCAGGAGAGUGCAUGGCUACCAUGCUUGGACAUUCUGAAUUAGUUACUGGAUUGAGAUUUAGUAAUGACUGUAGGUAUCUAAUAUCAGCCAGCGGGGAUGGCUGUAUUUUUAUAUGGAAAGUCCCUCAUGAUAUGGUAGUUACAAUGCAGGCCAGAUUAUCACAACAAGCUUUAAGAAUGGGCAGGAAACCACAAGCUGUUUCAAAUGACAACUAUCCCUCAUCGAACACAGAUAUAUUUGAAAUGUCAAUGAACACUACUCAAUCUAUUGCGGAAUCUGCGGAUUACAGAUUUAGUAUAGGUCAAUUGCCUUCAUGGGCGAAAAAACAGAUAAGUGAUCCAACGGAAAUCACGAAUACAGAUAAUUCAACAUCACGAGCGCCGGAACCGCCGCGCGGAAGGUGGGCGCAACGCGUUGAUAACUUCGCUGCUUCGCAGUUCGAUACCACUAUUACCGCGUAUUCAGAAAGUCGCUUGGACUCGGACGGAUCUAAAGACAGCUCAUUAGAUAGUGGAACUGAAGUAAAAUCCUACAAAAAUGUUAACGAAACACUUUCUAUACACCAGAGUAUGCAACAUGCUACUGCAUCCAGAGGAGCUGAAAGAGGAAAACAUACUGAUGACUCAUCAUUGGGAAGUCUCAGAUUAGAGGAUUUGGAAUCAACUGAACAUGAUGGUGAUGUAGAAGAUUAUUCAGAUGGCGAACGAACAAGUUCUGACCAUAUCACAAUGUAUUAUCCUGAGAAUUCAGACACACCAACUGAUUUCACUGUGAACGCAAUGGACGUGGAAGAGCUCCGCAAAUCCCAAAGGCGGCACAAGCAAGCCAAAAAAGCUGCCGCCGGUGGUAAUGGAUCAUCAAGUCUCACGCUGAAACUUAAUCAGGACCUGGUUGCCUCCGGUGCUUCCGUUUCGGGAAGUCAGGAUUCAGAUGAUGACGAUGACGAUGCAUCAACUCCGAGCGGGGAUAACGCCGAUCGCAGUCUGGCAUCGACUCUUGGUGGAAGUACGGAAAGCUUAAAUGCAGCUACGGGCGGUAAAGGCUUUUUACAAACGGCACUCGAUGGACCGGCCAGCAAAGCCGUUGAAGGUAAGACAAAGAGUUACAGUUCGAAAUACCUGUUGAAUACGUCAGGUGGCAGUAACACGAGCCCGUCGAACGACAACCGGAACGCGUCGGUGAUACAGGCGGCCAGGCAGAACAAACCUGAGACGAAACGGGAGGAGCUCGAAAGGAGGAUCGAAGAAACUAAAAGGACACUUCAGAGCGUUGGCUAUCGAUCCAGUUUAAAAUCAAGUCAAUCAAUAUCUGAUCUUAGCCGGAGUGGUAGUGUAACACCUUCAAGAAUAAAUAGGCAACAGAAUUCCGUUGCUUGGUUUGCGCCUCCUUCUAGCGAAGGAUUAAGAAAAGCUUGUUCUUUAAGUGAUCUUUCUAGUCCUACACAAUCCAAGAAAAAUAUUGGUGUUUCAGGCAAAAUGCAGAGCAAGCCACAACCCGUUCCCAGAAAAUUAUCGUUGCCAAAACAAAGUGCCAAAAAUGGCAUGGGUCAGAGAAGUGUGUCUACUGGUGUACUUAACCAGAGCGAUUCCGAAUCCGAUAUGAACAAUUUAGUUAGUAAACGUUUAGGAGGUUUGAUGCGACCUACUAUCAGUUCCCAAAAUAAAACAAAUAACGGAAAUUUAGGAAAUAAAAACCAGAGUUUGUCGGCUAACAAGUUCUCCAAAUCAAGUAAAACGGGAAGCGCUAAUAGACGGCGGAUGCAGAACUCUUACAGUAGCGUGAAUCUAACUACAAUUGGCAACGAAGAUUCAAGCUCAGAAGAAAUUGGCAGCGGUAACAGUAACUCGAAGCCAGCAGUGCCGCCAAGGCCUAGAUCAAUUUCAAUCGAUCACUCGCGGAGAAUGGGUCGCAGCGGUAGCGAUAGGGAAUCUUCAUCCUCGGGACGAUCGAGAGAAGUAACGAGUCGCCUGACCGGAGGCGGCAAUGGGACCGCUCUCUCGCACGAUAAACACGUCCACUAUGAAGACCAACAGUCCGCCAAACUCCCGCCCAGUCCAUUGGAUCUUCCAUGUAAAGAUACUGAUACCAUCGAUAUUACAAAUGCAGAAUUGUCAGCAACAGUGUGCAAGCAGUUGGCAGAUCAGCUGACAAAGACUGCAGAGAAUGUUGUUCAGUUGUACAAACGUUUAUCAGUUAAUGAUGGAGGAGCUGCAAAUGGUGAUAUAUCAGGUGAAACGAUGCUUAAAGGCUUAGAAGAAGCCAUGAAAGAAACACAGCGCAAGUUCCAAAUGGCUACUUUAGAUGGUGAAUUACUCGACAAUGUAUGUAAUAAAUCUGAGAAAUUUCUAGACAAUUCUUUACAAAAAACAGUAAAUGGUAACAAUGAUAAUGAUAAAUCUAUGAACAUUAACUCCAUAUUCAAUCAAAACAUUGAACUAGACAGAAUGCAGAAUUUAUUAACAAACAAUGAUUCUCUGGGAAAUAAUUCCGUAAUGGUUCAUAUGAUGCAACAAUAUUCUGAUAUGCUUCUUAGUGUAAUGCAACAGAAAGUAGCGGGUACUCAGAAAAAGGCAUGAGAAUAAUAAUGUACAGCAUGUUUCUCUAAAGAACACAUGCAUAGUUUUAAUCACUCUUCAGGUAUUUUACCAAGGUUAUGUGUUAUUUUAUUGUUGUAGUGAUAUCUUAAGGAAAUGUAAAUCAUAUUUUUAACACUGCUAAUAUAUUCGAUAAAAGAAAUGUAUUUCUUACACAUAUCCAUAUUAAUAUUAAUACUCCUAACAACCCACUGCUAUUAGAAAUAUAGUUUUGAUAUUUCUCAAUUUAGCAACCUAUUAAACUUUUAUAUCAAACAAUUUUAAACAAAAUUAUUAU